AUGUUGCAACCGUUUGAUUGUGACAGUGCUGAGAAGAACAAGCACAAAUUCAUGAUUCAGUCUAUGAUUUUGGAUGGAGAUGGCACCGCUAACUUAGAGCAGAUCUGGAAAGAUGCUCCUUCUGAGAAGAUAACGGACACUCGUUUGAAAUGUGUCCUAAGGCUUCCAGACGAGCUUUUGAGUAUUAAACCUACCGAAUUAGUCUUUGAAAUGGACCCUCACGAGACCGCUACUUGUAUGGUCACGGCGCAUAAUACAUCACCCAAAAGUGUUUGCUUCAAAGUCAAAACAAAUGCUCCGAAACGGUACAUUGUCUAUCCGAACGAGGGAAUAAUUCAGCCUGAGGAGACCAAGCCAAUUAAAGGUACUUAUCGAUUACUAUCGACAUGCUUCAGUUUCCACUGCUCCAAACGCUGA